AUGCGUUCCACAUCCUCCUUCCGCACCGUGGCUGCGGCUGCGGCAGUCAUUGCUCCUCUUGCAUCCGCUACGGCUUUCAAUGCCGCCUCUACAACAAAUGUCGCCAUGUACUGGGGUCAAGGUGCCUACCAGGCCCAACUGAUCGAGACGUGCAAGAACCCUAGUAUAGACAUUGUCAAUCUUGCCUUCUUGAACGUGUUCCCAGACCAAGGACCGGGGAGCUACCCAGGUUCAAACUUCGGCAAUGCCUGCGGGGAGGAGAUGUACGAGGUUGAUGGUGUCAAGACCCUUCUGCGGAAGAACUGCCCGUCGAUUGGACCAGAUAUCAAGGCGUGUCAGGAAGUUUACGGGAAGAAGGUCCUGCUCUCCCUCGGUGGCGGUUGGCCUACCGACUACUACCUCAAGAGCGCCGACAGCGCGAGGGAUUUCGCUGAGUUCGUCUGGGCAGCUUUCGGCCCCGUAACCGAUUCCGACCUCGUUCCCCGACCCUUUGGUGACGCUGUGGUGGAUGGUUUCGACUUUGACAUUGAAUCCUACAUGGACUCGAAACCCACGGGCGAUGCAGGCGAAGAAGUUACCAACUAUCAGUCCCAACACUAUGCCGACAUGGUCAACCACUUGAAGAAUGACUGCUUUCCUCGUGAUGGCAACAAGCAGUACUAUAUCUCUGGCGCCCCUCAGUGUGUUACUCCGGAUUCUCAUCUUGCUGAUGCGAUUGCGAACUCACCUUUCGACUUCCUAUUCGUCCAGUUCUAUAACACGCCGCAGUGCUCUGCUCGUGCUGGAUACAACCACAUGUCCGGAGGGCAGUUCGACAUUAGCUUCGAUGACUGGGUAAACAAGGUGGCUUCUGGCAACUCCAACCGCCGUAUCUACCUCGGGCUGCCUGCCUCAACCGCCGGACUCCCGCCUGGGUCCAACCCAGAUUACUACCUCACACCCUGCGAGGCCAGUAAGCUGAUCGAAAAGUACAUGAAGCUAUAUCCUGAGGCCUUUGGCGGUGUCAUGCUCUGGGAGGCCCAAGCGAACAUCAACAACGUGAUCGAGGGCAAGGACUACGCGACGUGGAUGAAAGAGACCUUGAACACUUGCCAGGCCGGCUCCGCUCUCUCGUUCCCGGAGACGUGCUCUGCGGCUUCGACAACCUCCAGCGUUGCUUCCUCUACUUCUUCUGCGACCGCAACCUCCGAUGUCGCUUCUACGACUGCUUCAGUCACCCCCACAGCCACUGCUGUUUCGGAAGACGGUGCUUGUGGUGCACAAAACGGACGCACUUGUGCCGGAUCUGAGUUCGGCGACUGUUGCAGCGAGUACGGAUAUUGUGGCUCCCAGGAGAUCUACUGCGGCACUGGCUGCAACCCACUCUACGGCAAGUGCGGUAUGAGCUCGUCGUCCAGCAGUGUGGAGUCCACCGCGACAUCCAGCGACGCUUCCUCUACGUCUUCCGCUACUACGACAUCCGACGUCGCUUCCUCUACUUCGUCAGCCACCCCCACAGCCUCCGCUGUCUCAGAGGAUGGCAUGUGUGGUGUUCAGAACGGCCGGACUUGCCUCGGGUCGGAAUUCGGUGACUGUUGCAGCGAGUAUGGAUACUGCGGCUCUCAAGAAUUGUGGUGCGGCACUGGCUGCAACCCGCUCUAUGGAAAGUGCGGUAUGAGCUCCACAACCGCCAGCUCCGAAAGUGCAUCGAGCACCGCCAGCAGCUCUGCCUCGUCCAGCUACUCGGAUGUCAUGUCCUCUUCUGAGAGCAGCUCCUCGCACAUCACCACCACUUCCUCCAGCGGGUCCCACAGCUCCCAGAUGACUCAUGACACGAGCAGCAGCAUGGUGUCAUCGACUGGCUAUCCUUCGCACCCUACGGAUUAUCCGUCUCAUCCCACUGGGGGCUCGUCUGACUCCGGCAGCACUUCUUCUGAAGUUUCAUCUGCACCUUACGGCAAUGCGACGACUUCCUCUGAGGGCCACGAGACAAGCUAUUACGCAUACCCCACCGCAGGCUCUUCAUCGGUUUCGAGCAGUGCUUCCUCUGAGGGAUCUUCUAUGCCUUAUGAUGGCGCAACGACGUCUGCAACUGAGUCUUCCCAUGGAACGGGAUACCCGUCGUACCCCACUGCUGGCUCAUCGUCUGUACAUGGUGUCUCCAGCGAGGUUUCGUCUGCGCCUUACGGUAACGGAACGUCUUCCUACCCUGAGAGCUACCCGACUGCAGGAUCCUCUGCACCUGGUUAUCCAUCAGGCCCUGGAAGCUCCCAUUACGGCCCCAUCACCACGUCGCCAACAACUUCUGCACCCGCGGCGCCUUAUACGCCGACAUCUUCAGAGGUCACCACAACCGUCAUCACGACUUCGUACGUGGACAUUUGCCCUACUGGCUUCACGACCGUUGUCACCACCUACACAACCACGGUGUGCCCGACCACCGCCUCCAGCGCCACGUCCAGUGGAGCUGUGCCGGAUGGUUGGUCGACGACUGUCACUGUCUGCGAUGUCUGCGGUCCUGAGCCGACCACUGUCACUCUGACUAGGCCAGCUCCUCCGACGACAACACCGGUUGAUCCAGUCCACGGUGCCUCUUCUACUAUUACCCAGAUGACGACAUCCACCGUGUACACGACCAAGGUUAUUACCGUUACUGCUUGCCCUGCGAACAUGCCGAACUGCCCAGCGGGAUCCGAGACCACUCAGACGAUAACCUCAAGCGUUGCGCUCUACACCACCGUCUGCCCAGUCUCCUCCACCCAUGCGGCUGCCAGCUCCUCAAUGCCGCAUCCUCCCGCCAUCAGCUCCGCUGCGCCGUCGCAUCCAGCGCCCAACACCUCGGCUUACGCUCCAUCGAGCUCGGCUUAUGCUCCGUCUAAUUCACCUUCUGCGCCAUCCAACUCGCCUUCCGUUCCAGCGCAGCCAGGCAUCGAGACUAAGACGACGACCAUCUCCCAGGUUACAUCCUACGUGACACGGGUAAUGACGGUCCACGACGCCUCUUCCUCCCCAGCUGCUCCAGUUGGCGGCUCCUCAUCGGCGCCCGCGUACCCAGAUAAGCCAGGCCACGGAUCCGCCUCGGCCGUGACCCCCAUCCCAGUGACAAGCACACAAGUCCGUACCAUGAUGGUCUCGGUCGUGCCGGUCCCGGCAAGCGAGUACUACGCCAAGAAUGGCACAGCUGCGCCGACUGGAAAGGGCGCAUAUGGUGCCGGCUUCCAUGAGAUGCCAGCUGGCACAGGUACCGGAAUGUCUGCAGUCGGCACCGCGACGAGGCAUGCGUCGCCGGCGCAGUUUACGGGUGCGGCGAGCAGGGCAGGCAUGGGCAUGGGUGUCGCAAACGUGUUCCGAUCAGGUCCAUCAGCGCCUCACGAUCCCCACGAAGCCAACGUCUACGAGCCAUAUACGACUUCACUACAGCAACGCCAGCAGCAGGCACAGCAAUUCCACAGCGCACAAGCACGUUCCCGUCCGUCAAGUUCCUCCGGUAGCGCUCCGCAUACGUUACGCCGCACCCCGAACUUUGAAGAUCGAAACAGAGGACGGCCUAGAGCUUCCUCUCUCGACGACGCGCAGCGCCCUCAGCAGAGUGUUCGUUUCGCCGACGACACACAAAGGUCAGGGGAAGCUUCGGCUGGAAACCAACCUCAUCGGUACGACGCACAAGAUCCUCGCGCGCCUCACCCUGCCCUUCGCAUCUCCCGUCGCACUGCCUCUGCCAUCCUAUACGCGCUCGAAGAGGCGAUCCGCACGCCCUAUCCUUUCACGCCAGAUCUUGCCGAGGAGAACGCGUCCAUGUCAGAUUUGCUUGGUGGGCCUACUGGAAACGGCCGUGCUACAAAUGGCGGCUCUCGUGCCGCCCAAGGGCCGGUUCCAGUACCUCAGCCAGCUCCGCCGCCUGGUGUCCGGACUCCACGAGACAUCAUGAACCAGAGACGCGAACGCGAACAGGCUAGAAAACAACAGAAAGAAGCCGAGGCAGCUGCCGCCAGAAUAGCCGAGGAACAAGCGCGGGCACAAUCUCAGGCUGACGAACGGAGAAAGAGCGCGGAGAGACGAGCUGCUGCUGCUGCUGCUGGCGUUGCUGGCCAGUCGAGAGAUUCGGGGGGUUACAGGAGACCAAUGGACACUGCCGGGGGCAGAACUUCAGGAGACAGCGGGUAUGGCGGAUACACUACGGCGCCCGCGCAAGGACCAGGUAUUGCUGGCGGGUAUGACGGACCAGGGAACCUUCCGCCCGCAGCUUCUCGACCUCCAGAUUUGGGCGCGGGAACUCGGCCGCGGGCGUCGACGCAUUCACAGGCCCAACCUCAAGCAGUUCCGGCCUCACCAGCUGCGCCACAAACAACAGGCAGGCGUGCUGUAUCUCAACCCCAACAACAGACACAUGCGAGGCAGGCUUCGGGGACAGGUGGUACCUCGCAACAAGCCCGCGCCGGACCAUCAGCUGUGCCGUCUUCGUCUGCGCAACCUGGUGCAGGUGCUCCCCCGACAGCCGAUGGAGCUGGCGCGCGAAGCACGGCGUCCUCGUUCCCUCAUGCCUUUGAACGGUGGGAGACUCUUUCGUCGCACUGGGAAGGACUCACCUCCUACUGGAUCCGCCGCCUCGAACAAAACACGGAAGAGGUCAGGCGCGAGCCCUUGGCUCAACAGAUGUCUCGACAAAUCACUGACCUAUCGGCUGCUGGAGCAAACCUGUUUCAUGCCGUCGUUGAGCUUCAACGGCUUCGCGCUUCGUCUGAGCGCAAGUUCCAGCGUUGGUUCUUCGAAACGAGACAGGAGCAGGAGCGCGCUCAAGAGACGAUUGCUCAACUAGAGAGUCAGCUUCAGGCCGAGCGUGCAGCGAAGCAGGAGGCGGAACAGAAAGCGUCGCGCUCUGACAACGGUAGGCGGAACUCAGAUAAAUUGCUCGCCGAGCUUAAGCGGGAGCUACAGAUAUCGCGCGAGGAGGCGCGACGGGCAUGGGAAGAGCUCGGACGCCGGGAACAGGAGGAGCGAGAUCGCACCAUGUCACUUAGGGAGGGCCAGCCGACGUGGGUCGGAGGGGUCCAAGUUUUCCCGUCCGCAGGCGGCAUGGCAAGCAGGCACGGCAGCGUGUCGCAGCGGCCCACGACCCGCGAAGGUCCAUAUCAGACCGGAGGCCCCCAGCAAAGCACCCCGGGAGGCCCACAAGGCACGUCGGAACAGGGCUACUCCUACGAAGAAGGCGCGUCACCCACAGACACCGAUCCCUUUACCGAGAGCGCCCAGCAGCGCAGCCAACUCCGCCACGAGCCAGAUAUCUCCUCCCUCAAUGUCAGCACCUACGCACCCCACGGCAUCCACCCAACGAGCAGCAACGCAAGCUCUGGCUCCACCGCCCGCCCCACGACAGGCAACCUACCGCCCCAGCAGCAGUCACAAGCAUCCGCUGGCGCCUCAAUCGCCACAUCAUCCCAACGCGCCGCACCUUCGUUCCCCGCACCCACCACCUCCAGCGCCCAGCACACCCCAACCACACCCACAGCCCAGCAAUUUUACCAGCACACCGGCACAUUCUUGCACACCGGCGCCGGCCCUCCGUCCCCGCCCGCUCCCCACGAAGAACGCGACGAGUCCGGCUCCUACGUUAUGAGCAACGAUGAAGACAUCGUCUCGCAAGGCGAGGACGAGGACGAAUGGCUCUACGACCGCCAGGGCAACCCCGUGCUCGACGACCACGGAAACCGCGUUCCGUACUCCCCAGCUGCGGCGGCGGCGGUAGGGCGUAUGCGUGGCACGGGUCGCAGUGAGGCCGAGAGUGACGAGUACGACGUCCAGUCCGACCUCGCGCGGGAAGCGGAACUACGGCAGCAUUACGGCGGCGUUCCGGCGACGAUGCCGAGCUCUUCGGCGGCGUACACACAAGCAGGUGCAUACACCCAAGCGGGCGCGUACUCGCAGCCUGGUGCCGCGUACGCACAGCCGACGUCUGGCGCACCGGGUUAUGGUGCGGGAUACGGGCCGCCGGAUUAUAGCGGCAGUGGGUAUGGGGAUGAGUGGAGCAGUAUUCAGAGACAUCAUCAUCCGACUAGGUUGAGUGAUGUGCUAGAGGAAGAUGAGCGGAGUCGGACGAGUCCGAGUCGGGCGAGUCAAACUAGUAGGGGGAUGGAAUGGCGGUGA